AUGGGAAAGGGCAAUGUCAACAAUGAGCACGACAGUGACGACAAUGAGAAGCCCAAGGAUGAUGAUGACAAUGAUGAGUAUCCCAAAGAGGAGGAGGAGCCCAAGAAGGAAGACAAUGUUAGCAACAAUAACGAGGGGCCCGGAGAGGAGGAGGAGACUAAGGAGCUAGAGGUGCCCCAAGAGGAGGAGUCGAGGAGCUGGAGGAGUGUUAGGAGCAAGACAAUAGCGUUGAGCUACCGGUGCUGCUCGUCGUGUCUGAAAUAUGGCGUCGUCGUUCCUGGUUUCAUUCUUGCUAUUAGCCCCGGCGGUUUGUGUCGUCGGUCAACAGCCAGUGGUGCACAAGCAGGUUUCCUAAGCAUCGACUGCGGCCUGGACGCCAAUUACAGCGGCUACAAGGACCCCAACACCGGCAUCUUCUACGUCUCCGACGGGCCGUACGUCGACACCGGGGAGAACCACAUGGUGGCCGCCCAGUACCAGGGGUGGCGUAACCGUCACCUCCAAACGCUCCGGAGCUUCCCUUCCGGCGUGCGGAAUUGCUACACGCUCCCCACCAAGGCUGGGGCCAAGUACAUCGCCCGGAUGGAUUUUUUUUACGGCGACUACGACGGCAAGAACAGCUCGUCGGUGGACUUCGACCUGCACCUGGGGCCCAACUACUGGGUCACCGCCUACUCCGGCUACGUGUACGAGGCGCUCUUCGUGGCGUGGGCGAGCUCGGUGCCGGUGUGCCUGGUGAACACCGGCCACGGCACGCCGUUCGUGUCCGUGGUGGAGCUCAGGCCGCUCGACGCCCUCUACCCGCCCGUCACGCCCGGCUUCUCCAUGUCACUGUAUACACGGCAAAACAUGGGGCCAAACGCUUCAUAUACCCGGUAUCCGGAUGAUACAUACGACCGUUAUUGGUGGCCGGUGGUGACCGAUCCACGCUGGGUGAACCUAUCGACCACAGGGCCUAUCCAGCCGGACCCUAGCUUCAUCCAGCCCUCGCUCAUUCUCCAGACGGCUGUCACAGCGGCCGGCAACGACACAACGCUCACCGUCUUGUGGCAAGAGAACAGGAAGUCGUACUCCGUUAUGGUGUUCCUACACUUCGCUGACUUCCAAAACACCCAGCUCCGACAGUUUGAUAUCUACUUGAACGGCGAUCGUCUGGGAGCGAGCGAUAAGCCGCACAGCCCCUCCUCCGUGGUUGCUUCAUGCGUGUAUAGCUCUGGCAUGUACAGGUCCCCUGACGGCAGUUACAACAUCACUCUCGCCGCCACCGCCAGCUCCGUGCUGCCGCCGAUGCUCAAUGCACUCGAGAUCUACACUGUCAUCACACAUGACAGUCCAACAACAUUCCCUAAAGACUUUGACGCCAUCAUGGUUAUCAAACUCGAGUAUGGAGUGAAGAAAAACUGGAUAGGUGAUCCAUGUUUUCCAACCAAAUAUGCUUGGGACGGCGUGAAAUGCAGCAAUACAAGUGAUAACGUUGUGAGGAUAACAUCAAUAGAUCUCUCCAACAGCAACUUGCAUGGCGCAAUAUCCAAAAAAUUUACAUUGCUCACGGCACUCGAGAAUUUGGAUUUGUCUUACAACAACUUAAACGGGUCAAUACCUGAUUCCCUACUAAGUUUGCCCUCCCUACAUGUUCUAAAUUUGUCUGGCAACCAUCUGAGUGGCGAGUCCCUAUGUAAAAACUACACCGGACUUGUUUUCAGCUAUGACUCUGAUGGUUAUAUGUGCAACAAACCACCACCAAGCCCGCCAAGAAACAAAGUAGCUAUCAUAGCUAUUUCCGUAGUGGUUCCUGUGCUGGCAGUGGUUGUAUUUCCUCUUGCAUAUUUCAUCUGGAGAGAGAAAAGAAAGCCAAUAGUGCAACCAAAUUUCCCACAUGGCCCCGCAAGAGAUCCACAACUUGAGAAUGCUCUGGGAAGUAGAAAACUUCAUGCGGACCACCUGCGAAAUACUUAUAAUCGCUGGUUCACAUACAAAGAGCUACAAAAGUUCACUAAUAAUUUCAAACAGUUCAUAGGCCAAGGAGGUUUUGGGCCUGUGUACUAUGGCUGUUUAGAAGACGAUACCGAGGUUGCUGUCAAGAUGUGUUCUGAGUCAUCAUCACAUGGACUUGAUGAAUUUUUAGCUGAGGUUCAGAGCUUGACAAAGGUGCAUCACAGGAAUCUAGUGUCUUUGAUUGGUUACUGCUGGGAGAAAGAUCACUUGGCACUGGUUUAUGAGUAUAUGUCUCAGGGAAGUCUUUUUGAUCAUCUAAGAGGUAAAAAUGGUGUUGCUGAAACGUUGAAUUGGGGGACACGUGUACGUGUACUGUUUGAAGCUGCACAAGGCCUGGAUUAUCUGCACAAGGGUUGCAACCUGCCAAUAAUUCACCGGGAUGUGAAGACCAGCAACAUUCUCUUGGGUCACAAUCUGCAAGCUAAAAUAGCCGAUUUUGGACUUUCCAAAACUUAUCUUAGCGAUACUCAGACUCACAUAUCAGCCACUGCAGCUGGCACAACUGGUUACAUGGACCCUGAGUACUACCAAACUGGAAGGAUUACCGAGAGCAGCGAUGUGUACAGCUUCGGAGUUGUUCUGCUUGAGGUAGUCACCGGCGAGCCUCCAAUGGUGCCAGGCCACGGCCUCAUCGUUCAGCGUGUUAAGCAAAAGAUUGACACCGGUGACAUCUGCUCCUUUGCCGAUGCAUGGCUCGGAGGUGCCUACAACGUCAGUUCUAUGUGGAAGGUCGUCGAGACUGCUAUGAUGUGCACGGCAGAUUCGGCUGCUCAAAGGCCAACGAUGGCCGCAGUCGUGGUACAGCUGAAGGAGAGCCUGGCGUUGGAGGAAGCUCGCGAGAAGGAGAGUAGCGCCAGGGCAAACCCAGGGAGUCAUCUAGCAGGUUCGGUUUUCACAUUUAGUCAAUUGGCAAGAUGAACCUGUGACUGCCUGUACCUGGAUUUGGUUCAUCGUUGAUGGUCUCUUCUGGAAGUCUAAAAUUGGUGCUCUCAUGACCACCAGUCUAUGUUUGUGAAUAGGUUUAAAUCUACAACUGCCUUUGUGUGUGCAAAAGAUUUUUGAGAACCCGCGCUUAUGUGUGCGAGUAAUAAGGUUUGGGUGAACUCGCAGCUUCUCCAGGUACUGUGAGCUACAUCCAAUGCUAAAGGCUUAUUUGUAUGUAAUAAUAAGACAACAACCUAAAGGAUUAAUUCAUCUGAAGCAAGGUUUGAAAAUGUUGUGACUUUCCAUGUCCCCC